AUGACAAACCCACAAGACAAUCCUGGAACUCCUCCACAACCCACUCCCUCUGAUUCAUCUACCCCUCCUCCACCUAGCACGUCUCCCAAACCCAGGCUAAGAAGAGUAAAAAUGUUUGCUCACAAAAUGGUGGCAUCUGGUGCUCUCUCAAAGAAAUUGAAUGAGCAAUUAAAGGCAAGUCAGGCUCAAGACUGUAAUUGUAACUCUGAUUCUGAGUCGUACAAAUCUGCUAGUGGGGGGGAAGGACCUGGGUCUUCUAACUCUGAGAAGGCUCAAGAAUCCUCUUCUAAGUGGAAAGAAGUCAGGGGAAGUGGUUCUAGUAAAGCUGCUGAAGGGUUAGUUAAUCUAAGCGCACAGGGGGAUGAACCUGGUUCAUCAACUGAAGAGACCCUAGCAGACCUGUUGAAAAAGGUAGGGGCAAGUUACGAUCCAAAAAAGGAGAACUCCCACACCAUAAGCCCUAGUGCUCCUAAACCCUCCAAGAAAAGAAAGGCUUCAUCCCCAACAACUACUGAAACUUCCUUGCUAAAGGGAAGAGCCACAAGAAGCAGGGUAAAACAGAGUAAGAGUGAUCUACAAAUGGCUCUGGCUGCGAGUAAGAAAAGAAGGGUGGCUAAAGGAAAGGGUAAGGUUGCAGAGUCCUCAGAAGCGGUUGAUGUUGAUGAGAUGGAACAGGUCAAUCUGGAGAAAGUUACAACAGUGGAGGUUUAG